CUCCUCCCGCUUCCUCUCUCUGCCCAUUCCGACUCUGCUACGAGUAGAGUAGCUCUUCUCCCUCGGGGUUGGUGCGUGCUCUUCUUCACACCCUCCCUCCAUCGUCUUCCUCGCUUUAAAGCUCUAAACCACUGCAGCAAGCAAGGAAGCAAGCUUCGUCCCUCCCCGUCCCCGGUGGGUGUGGUUUGGCUCCUGGAGUUCUUAAUUGCAUGCUCCGAUCUCUCCCUAUCCGUUCUGCUACCUAGCUCCGUCGAUCCCACUUUUUUCCUGUCCUGCCGAAGCUUUUGCUUUCAAUCAACUCUUCUUGCUGGUGUUUGUGUGUGACUGUUCUUCUUCUUGGGCGAGGAGAGAUCGAGAAGGGGUCGCAGAAGCUCCCCCGACGCAGGCAAGCAAUUCUUGGAGUCGUUCCCGCGCGCGUGUGUUUUGUCAUGGACUGGGAACCCAAGAUGCCUUCGUGGGACCUCGGCACGGUGGUCGGGCCGAGCGGUGGUGGUGGUGGAGGCGGCGCGCUGGACCUCAAGCUCGGCGCGCCGACGAGCUGGAGGCCGGUCCCGGCGGUGGCAGCGCCGGUGCAGCAGCCGGUUUCGUCGGCGCCGAUGAAGAGGGCGCGGUCGGGGCAGGGCGCGCAGCAGGCGGUCCCGCCGUGCUCCGUCCAGGGCUGCACGGCCGACCUGUCCCGGGUCCGCGAGUACCACCGCCGGCACAAGGUCUGCGAGGCGCACUCCAAGACGCCCGUCGUCUCCGUCAACGGCCAGCAGCAGCGCUUCUGCCAGCAGUGCAGCAGGUUCCAUCUGCUCGGGGAGUUUGACGAGGCGAAGAGGAGCUGCAGGAAGCGGCUGGACGGCCACAACCGCCGCCGCCGGAAGCCACAGCCGGAUCCCCUCAACCCUGCAGGCAUGUUCUCCAAUCAUCACGGAGCAGCAAGAUUUUCGUCGUACCCGCAAAUCUUCUCCACUACAUCCAUGGCAGAGCCCAAGUGGCCUGGCAGCAUCGCCAUCAAGACGGAGGCCGACGCGUUCCACGAGCAGUACUACUCGGCCUUCCACCUCAAUGGCGGCGCCUCCCUCUUCCACGGCAAGGCGACCGAGAGGAAGCACUUUCCCUUCCUGACCGACCACGGCGAUACGGCAGCGUUCGGCUGCCAGCAGCCCUUCACCAUCACCCAUUCCUCGGAAAGCAGCAGCAACAGCAGCAGGCACAGCAACGGCAAGACGAUGUUCGCCCAUGACGGGGGACCAGAUCACAGCUGUGCUCUCUCUCUUCUGUCAGACAACCCAACUCCGGCGCAGAUAAUGAUCCCCGCCGAGGCGCAACAUCUCAGUGGCGGCGGUGGCAUAGCGAUGCACUACGGCGGCGGUGGCAGGGUGGCGCGGCUGCCCAACGACAGCGACGUCUCUCUCACCGGACUGUCUUAUGUGAGUUUGGGAAACAAGGGUGCGCCCAUCUUGCCCACAUCUACUAGAUCACAACACACUGCUGAUGCUACUGCUGCUGUUACUACCAGCUCAGCUGCAACACAACUACAACAAUACCAUGGCUACUACCACCAAGUGAGUGCUGACCAGGGGAACUCAGCUGCAGGUUCCAUGCAUGCCCUUCCCUUCUCAUCAUGGUAGUUGUCUCCUGAUCAACCAGAUCCUAGGCAGUCGGUGUUGGUCAUUUCUUACCAAAUAUGCACCCCCUGAUAAUAGUAAUCCUGAUGAUGAUCCUCAAAAUACUGCCCAUUUUCCAACUUUUCCUGAUAUUUCUAACUUAUGGAAAGUCCCCUCUACUUAUGAUUCAGAAUUGCAUUUACAAUUCUAUUCUGUAUUGGUUGGUUUGUUCAUUUUGGCCAUGCACUUGCUUGGUAGGGCUACAUCAGUAGAAGCUGCAAGACUUAAUUGUACUGAACAGUCAGAUUCAUUAGUGUUAUGUGAUGAAUGUCAUUGAUUAUUCUAAUUA